AUGGAAGGUGAUGGUGAAGGAAUGGUAGCGGUGGUACGUGGUACGAAGCACGCCCUGACAGUCACUUUAAUAUCUGACAAUCAUGGCAACCCUACUAGAAAAUGUUUUGAUACAAGUAAGAAAUCAACAAGAGUGUCCCUUUCGAGCGUCGAAACCAACACAGACAGGAGUUUGGGAAAUGUCAACGCGCCGACGUGUGAUAUCAGAUGUGCCAGCAGUUACAGGAACAUACAGUUCCCAGAUUACGAAUCGCCUUAUGUCUCCGCUAUCUUUCCUCGACCGAUGAGUUCCAUAUUCAGGAGUCAGGAUCUCUUCACACAGUCGCUUAGGAAGUACCCCAGUGAGAAAUCAUCUGCCGAACUGAUACAGAGGAUUAUUAAUUAUACACGAACAAAAAAUUAUGUAAAGAAACGCUAUUCAAAAAGCCUGCGAUCAUUGAUACGUCAGUCAAAAAGUGAAAUAAAAGCUCGAGAUGAAACAAGCGCUACAGAAGAACACCCCGAAACAGAUAAUCAAACAUGUUCUGCGAAAUGGGAUAAAGAUUUGAGUCAAAAUGAACUGCUUAACUACACCUAUGAUUACUUGAAGGGAGCUACCCUCGUACCGCGCCACACUGACGUACAGUACUUCUCAGAAGUGAAGAGGGUGAUCCGCGGCCGACUUAGAGAUAUCAUCUGUGAUAAACCAAGGGCAUCAUCUGUCAAAGAUAUUGAGAUACAAAGAAAAAGAAACAACACGGCUGCUCCGAGAGAUGCAAUCAGAUCAACAGUCGUAAGGCACAGUGCAUCUUCUAAUAUUGUAAAUUGUCAGUCGAAAAUUAAUCCAUGCUUCUGUAACCGACACCCACCGGUUAAUGAUGAUGAAAUUUUGAAUAGAAAUGAACCAGUACAGAAUCUUCUUUCCAAUCUCCACCCAGAACAGAAUCUAUUAGACGGAGGAACAUCUCAGACUCACUUACUAGAUAUCAAUGGUACUGAAAAAGAAACAUUUGAAAAUGUAAUUAAUGAAUGGCUAAAAAUCAUACCUGUAAACUACAAUCUAAAUGCAAAAGAUAAAUUAAAACGAGAACAACUAAUCAACACAUUGAUUAAAACAUUGAAGGAUUUAGGACAAAAAUAUGAUUUUCCUGAACUGGCUAAAAACGAAAUAGUAAAAUGUCUGGAUACAUUACCAAUGUGGCAUCCCGAUGAUUCAGAAAAUGACUUCAAAUUAAAAGUUCAAAUUGCUGAUGAUUUAGUUAAAAGAUUAAUUAAUGUAGCUGACGAAAACUUUAAAACGGCUAUCUCUGAAGAAGUUAAAAAAUUACCGUAUGAUUUUAAUAUAGUAAAUGAUAAAUUCAUCAAUAGGACAAUAGACAAGUUCAUUGACAAAUUGACACAAGUUACUUUGAACAGACCUUUAAAAGACGAAGAGUAUAAAGAAAAAUUAAGAUUAGAAGUGAUUAGUUUACUCAAAGAUAUACCUUUACAACGAGACAGUCAAAGAAGUGACCAAUUACUUAAAUUGGCAGAUAAGUUUGUGGAACAUAUAUAUCAGUACAAAAUAUACCACGAUAAAAGUAAACAAACGGUUGCAGAUUUUGAAAGUAAUGAAAUUGAAAAGAAGAUUUAUGAUUGGUUCGAAAAUAUACCAGAGUUAUUGACACAUAAAUAUAAUAAAAACCAGUACUCAGAUUUAGUUAAAGUUUUUGCAAAAAACUUACACAAAUAUAACUCAAAGAAAUCUAAAGAUAUAAAUUUUCAAAGAAAAUUACACGAUGAUGUAAAAGAGUGGUUAGACCGGUUAACUACGAGACUAAACACCAAAUUGACAUCAGAACGGUUUGGCGUACUUAGUAAAGAUCUAAUUGAACAAAUAUUUGGUCAAGCUCACGCUUCAUCAAUAGGGGGUAAUUUACAUGAAGAUCCUGCUGUAAGUAAAAUAUUCCAAUAUAUUACAGAAUGGUAUCGAAACAUUCCUGAACUUACAGAUUAUAAAGAUGACAUGACCGAAAAAAUUAAGGAAUUGACUUUUCAGUUAAAUGGUAUUCAAAAUGAUGAUAAUAAUUUUCAAAAUAUACUAGCCGACAUGAGAGAAACAAUAAUACAUUGGCUAGAAAAUAUAUUAAAUGCAAAAGGAUUGGAAUUAGAUUCUAAAAUUAAAGAUAAUUUAGUCAAUGGUCUCAUUUUAAAAUUAACAGAGGAACCAGUCCGAGAAAAUGACGGAAAUAAAAAUAUAGGACUGUAUAAAGACGUGAUAACUUGGCUUAAACAAGUUCCUUUUACAAAAUCGUAUGAUUUUACAGAACAAAAUAAUUUAGCAGGUGAAUUUGUGGUUCGAUUGAUGGACAUUGAAAAAACAAGUAAUGAAGACACGUUAAAAAAUGACGUUGAGGAAGAAAUAAAAAAAUUAAUAAGCAAGUUAUCAACGAAUGAUGACAAAGAUGUAAGCCCAGAUGAGAUUGAAAAACUUAAAUUGAAAGUAUUCACACAAAUGAAGAUUACUCCUUUGGGCAGAAAACUUUGGAAUAAACGGAACAACAAUUUGAGAAAGACUUUAUAUGAAAAUAUUUCAAAAAUUAUAGACUCGUCUCUUAUGUUGCCUGAAAAACUUAAGCCGUCUUUGAAACAUAAGAUAACUGAUGUUAUUUUAAAAAAUAUAAAAAAUAAUACACUUGAUGCGGAUAAAACUAUAUCACAAAUUUCAAACAUUAUGAAACAAGAUACAUCAUUGACGAAAAACGACAUUGAAAUAUUAGGAAAACAAAUUGUAGAAAAAGUUAACAAUGUACUACUUCGUCAUGAAUCGUUACAUAUAAAUCCCAUCGCAGAGGAACUGACUAAAUUAAAACUGAGUAGUAAAACUAAUAUAUCUCAAGAGAAAAGCUCUGUAGAAACUGACAUGGAUGACAGUAGGAAUCGAUAUGAAAGAUCCUCACAAAGUAGUAAAUUGUACAAUCAAGAUACACCAAGCCUGCACAUAACUUCAAGCAAAUCUAGUCCUUUAAGCCAUGAUAGGAUAUAUGUUAUGGACAAAGAAUUUGAAACUAAAAAUGCCCCCGAAAAAUUAAGAGGUAUUAAACAAAAGACUGUGUGUACAGUUCAAAAUAAUGUAACUCAAACUGAUGAUUUAAAAAAUCAUGGUAGUAACUAUGAAAUCCAAAAUGAAUACAAUAGUAAUUCAAGGAACUAUAGUAAAAACGAAAACUCUAAAAUAGUGGAGAACCGUAGUAAAGAUACUUCUGUAAUAAAUAAUUUAGACAAAGCAGCAAAAUUAUUUGACAAGAAAAUAGAACAACGAAAAUCUCUGAAUAAAUCCCAAAUCACACGUGCAAAUCGUUCAGAACAAGUAGAUGAGAAUAUUCAAACAAAAACAGAUAAAGGAAUUAAUACUUCAUUUUUGGAUGAAGAUUUCUCAACUUCUAUGCCCAUUACAUCUUCUAUAAAAUAUCCAUCAGUUGUAUUAUUAUCUACAACAAAUAAUAGUUUCGUUACUAAAACAAAUAACAUUGAAGUGGAAACAUCAGACCCCUUGCAAUAUUUAAACAAAAUUAAAGAACUUAUAACCAAUUGGUUACAUCAUUUCCCAUUAAACCUAAAUGAACACGACAAAGAUGAAUUGACAAAUAACAUAGCAAGUGAUAUACUUGAUAGACAAAAAUACAUACAAUUAUCUGAUGGAACAACAGAAGAGAAAAAGGAACUGGAACAUCUUAAAUACCAUAUAUUUAAAAGGAUACACAAACUAGAUAAUCAUGAAGUAGUACGAGAUAUAAUAUCUAACGUAGAUUGUUUAAAUCACCGAAUUCUUAGUCUCAAAACGCCUAACUUAAUACAGCCAACGCAGGAACGUAAAGAGGAAAUAAUUGAAAUUAACUUACCAGAUACAGAUAAUAUACAAACAAAUAUUGACGAAUCUAGUAAUAAAAUAGGUGAAUGGUUCGAAAAUUUUUUUCCAAAUUUAAUAGAUAAUUUCGACGAAGAUAAGAUUCAAAUUUUGGCCAGAAAUUUAGAAAACCUUAAAAUAAAUAAUAACUACGAUAGUUCUCAUAUCAAAAAGGAAAUUUUCCAAUGGAUAUCAGGUAUUUUGAAUAAUAUUGAUGUUAAGAAGAUUUGUGAUGUAGCUGAGAGCUUGAAAAAACAUUUAUGUAAUACAAAUAUAACAGACACAUUCAUAUUACGACAAGAUACAAGUGAAUUUCUUACUGAAAAUUUGUGCGGCGUUAUUAUAGAAUGGAUCAGAACAACGCAAUACAGGUAUAAACUGCAGAACGAAAUACAAGAUUACUUCGCAAUGGUACUUGCGAAUGACAUAAAACAUGUAUUCGCUCAAUCAUUAUCUGACAAUGAACUAAAUGAACAUUUAAUUCAAGAAAUAUUGAGAGAUUUGGCAAUGGUCACCGGUGAAUCAAGUGACUCAGCUUUUCAUCACGCAGUUGCGUGCGACCUUUUACAGUUUCUAAAAGAGUUACAGCUAUUUCAUGAUUUAUCGGAUAGGGAAACAAUCAAUGAAUUUAAUGAGAAUAAAGUAGGUAUAAGUAGUAAAUACCUAGAUGACAUAAAAGAAGCUGUAGUUGAAUGGCUUAACAUGUUGCCUCUACAAGAAAGCGUGCCAGUUAGACAAAUAGAAGAUUUAAUUACCAGCCUUGUUGAUAUUAUAAAAGACAAAAUAUUAGAAGACAUUCUAAAUAAUGAAAGUAUAUUAAAACAUCACAUUCUAAGACUGCUUAGCAAAAUUCCUCUCAGAAUUGAUUAUCAAGGUUUAGAAAGUCAAGUAGCGUCUUUGGUAGCAAAACUAAAAGACAUUUUAUGUGAUAAACAACCAGAAACUAACAAAACGACUAGAGAUUUUAAAUCACAAGUUAAUAUAAAUCGAGAGGAAACACCAAGUGCAGUAUAUAAGCAACUUUUACAUAAUACUGUUAGUAAAACACUAUUAGACAAGAUAACAUUUGAAGAACAACGGUCGUUUAAUUUAAUGAAAGAAAAACUUGCUGAUGCUUUUAUUGAUUUACACUAUUCUACAGGAGAUGAAGAUUUCCGAAAUGAAUUUAAGAACAAAUUAUAUAGAGAAAUUAGUAAAUUUUGUGAUGAUUAUUUAAAACGCCGUCCUGUUUCACCCAUCGAUUCUAAUAGACUUCAAGAAGACUUACACAAUUUACUUAAAAAUGUAUCACUUUCAACAACUGGUCCUAAAACAAAUACGAGCAGACAAGAACAAGAAGAAAAUCAACUACAAGAAAGUGAUUUCCUUAGAAAUGAAAGUAUAAGAGAAAACAAAACAACAGCAACAAAAAAUGCAUCGACACAAUCUACACCUCAAAUAUCACCAACUUCUCUGAGCUUGGAAGAUAUCGAACAUCUACAAAAAAUAAGAACGAGAUCAGAAAUUCAGUCAAAACCUGAAAAUGCAACUAAUAACUUAUCUCUAAAAUAUUAUGAAGACGUUGGAAUUCAAACAACUGUAGUAGUAAGUAACAAUAUACACAAAAGUGUACAAACCUCAAACGCAUCUAUGAUCGAAAAUGUUCCUAUUCACAGGGAAAUUUCACCAAAAGUUUUAAUUCGAGAAUAUUAUUGGGAUUCCAGUGGAUCUAACCAAAGUUUUCAGAUUUUAGAACCGUCAAAAGAUUUACCUCCAAAAGAAAUCGCAGCAAAAACUAAGGUUACGACUAAAACACAAACCGAACCAACUUUAAACAAUGAAAAGCAAUAUUUGAAGCAAAUAUCAAAAACGCAAAAAGUACAAGAAUCGAUAGGUAAAGAAAUAUCUUUCGCAAAAGAUACUGAGACGCAAACAGAGGACUUACAACAAAACGCUGCUAAUAAAUCACGUUAUGUACUUCAAUCUAAACAUUUGGAUGAUAUUCCUGAAUCACAGAGUAUCACAUCAGAAGAACAACAAAAUAAAAUAAGUGAUACUAGACUAUCUCUCUCUAAAAGAAGAGAAAGAACAGAAGAAAGUACUGAUAAAAUUUUCGAAAAAGAAACUGCAGACCAUUUAGAAUCUUUUAAUAAAGAUCGGAGAAAAUUCAAAGCACCAAAAGCGACUACCAUGUCAGAAAAUCUGUCUCCAAUAAUAAUAACUGAAAAGCGAAGCGAACGGAGAGUGUAUGCAUCACCAGAAUACAUCACCAAUGAUAAUAGAGGGAGCAAAGUCUGUUGUAAUUGUAAGAACCACCUUCUCACACAGUGUAGGAAUAAACCAUACACUGGUUGUCGGCAAGUAUCCGCUAAAAAUACAUUAAGACACUGUUCGAAAUGUUUCGGGGGAUAUUGUCCUCACCCAAGUUAUUUUUUCUCACAUUCCCUUGCCGCAGUAGUGGUAGCGAUGGACGGUGAGGGCAUGGUGGCGGUGGUACGUGGACUCCAGGGUUCAGGACUUGCUGUGACUCUGCUCGACUCUGGAAGACAGUUCACUCUCCUCCCAGAGAAUUAUUCACAUUCAGUUCCGAGAACUAAUGGAGACGGAAGACGUUGCUACGCCACCGUGUCGCAGUGUACAAGUAACGUCGCGCGGCGAGAGAGUGGCGUGCAGGCCACGGACGGACGAUAUACCAGCACCUAUAAGAUGAUGCACUGCCACUACACUCCUACGUCUCCGCCGGAUGAAGUGACGGAAUUCCCGCCACAGAGGCCUGAGAUCUGUCCCGCUUGCAAGAACAGAAACGCAUCACCAAGUCGCAACAUAGAAUCACAUGUGUCCAAUCAGACGUUUUGUGUGGGUGCAGAGUCUUCCAGACAUACCAGCUUAGAGAAGCUGAAAAGCGGAUAUCAACCAGAAGUUGUUAUCAGACCAAAGAGAUGUGAAGAAUCGCCUACGCGUGAAAUAUUCAGACAAAAUUCAGCUGAAGUAGAAGCUAUUGAAUCAUACAGGAGACCAACGUUUUGCAAGACUAACGACGUGAGGUAUCUCAGGGAUGUCUCGAGGAAAGUCAGGGAAAGCAUGCGAAGCUUAUCACCUCCUGUAAUAUUUCUUGAUGUUUAA